AUGUCUGCUCCUCCUCCACGCCAAGAGACGUCCGCGUUUGUCGAGUCCUCAGGGUCGCAGGUACAAGCCCCAGAUGCGGAAAAGAUGUACGACGAACUUCCGGAACAAGAGGCGAGGAAUGGAUGGCCCUCUCUGAUCGAUCCAAGCAAGCUAUUGAGCGUGGAGAUGUUGCUUUUGGGCCCACCACUACAUGAGAGCACAGUUCUCAAGACGAUCAACGAGAAUGCAGGGAUGAUAGUCACUCAUGAGAAGCUUGCGCAGUGGCUGCACAAGUUUCAAUCGCCUGGGUACUCCUUUCGUGAUGACGUUACGGUGAAGCUAUUGGUGCAAUCUGGGCGAGAAGGAGAGCUGGCGAGACUGUUUCUUCGGCUUCGAGCCGCUGGUGGCAUGAAGAGCCGUGCGGAAGCGAUGCAACAAGCUCUACUUGACGAAUACCCAAAGGCGUUUUCGCAGGUGUCCGAGUCGUGGCUAGGAUCGGAGCUGAAUCCCGAAGAAGCUUUCCACAUGAUGCCCACAUCAAUGAAGCGAAUCGAUCUGGGUGCCGUCGGGGAGAAGCCAGAGGAGCUCGACGUCCUUCGUAUGAUCUUGUAUUGGCUUGGGUAUGUGGACAAGUACCGAUCUCUGGGUCUCGACUUCAGUGAUUACAAAGUAGCCAAAGUGUUGAUGAGCAAUAGAAACACCAACGAGGUGCUGGGGAUCUUCCUCAAGCUUCGAAGCGUCCAUGGCAUGGAGGACCGCGCAGACCGGAUACUAAGUGGUGCGAUAUUGCGACUGGCCUUUGGUGAUGCACUGGUGAAAAAGCUGAGUCCUGCGAUAGUUUUCACCAAAAUGUCCAUCUCAGUGACAAUAUCGUCUGUUAACGUCGGUAGAAAGGAUUCAGAUUGGCCCGUUCUCUUGACUCAGGUCCAAGAAUGGCUCGAGUAUGUUGACGAGUACCGAUCACUGGGUUUUGACUUUAGCGACUACAAAGUGGCUCAAGUGUUGGCUGUAAACAGAAACACAAAUAGGGUGCAUGAGAUCUUGUAUAAGCUUGAAGACGUCCCUGGUAUGAAGAACCGCGUAGCCCACAUGCGAACUGGUCUGGAAUUUUAUUCACAUGUCACCGAUCUGGCGAAUUCUGGUCCGUUGUUGACCCCUGCAGAAGCUUUCUAUACGACGAAGAUCCUAGCGAGACGGGACGGUGGUGCCAAUGAAGAUAUGCCAGUUUCGCUCGUCCUCCUGUCUGAGCUCGAGAAUUGGCUUGACUACGUUGACACGUACCAGCACUGGGGUUACGAAUUCAGCGACGGUCAAGCACUUCAAGUGUUGAAGGACCAUGGAAUAAGUCAAUUGAAUAUGCGCGAGAUGUUCCAAAGGCUUCGAGACGUCCUUGGCAUAAAGUACCGCGCAAACAUAUUCUGA